AUCAUUUCUCAUCCACUUCCUUUUGAAUAAUUUCUUAGUAAUUUUGAAAUUUUUAUCAUAAGAUAUGGUUUUCAAUAAUAGCCAUUGUAUAAUUUUUCUACUUGUGACAAUUAUAAUUUAUCCUUCAAUUUGUUAUGGCCAAGAAGCAAAUUCCCUUUAUAGUAGAGCUACUUAUUAUGGCAGCCCUGAUUGCUAUGGAACCCCUAGUGGAGCUUGUGGAUUUGGUGAAUAUGGAAGGAAAAUUUAUGAUGGCAAAGUGAGUGGAGUCUCUAGGCUCUACAGGAAUGGAACUGGAUGUGGUGCUUGCUAUCAGGUUAGGUGCAAGGUACCAGGUCAUUGCACAGAUGAAGGUACAAAAAUAGUUGUAACAGAUCAUGGUGAAGGUGACCAUACAGAUUUCAUACUAAGUGUACGUGCUUAUUCAGACAUGGCUACCUCAGGAAUGGCUAAUCAUUUGUUGGCUUAUGGAGUUGUUGACGUUGAAUAUCGAAGAGUACCUUGUACAUACUAUGGUUAUAAUUUAAUGAUUAAAGUUCAUGAACAUAGCAGAUUUUGUAACUAUUUGGCUAUUGUACCAAUAUAUCAAAGUGGUGCAUUUGACAUUGAAGCUGUUGAGGUUUGGCAGGCUGAUUGUAAGGAAUGGAAGGGCAUGAGAAAGGCCUAUGGAGCAGUAUGGGACAUGCCAAAUCCACCAAAAGGAUCACUCACUUUCAGAGUUCAAGUUAGUGUUAAUGGGGAAGCAACUAAAUGGGUACAAUUGGCUGAUGUUUUACCUGAUCAAUGGAAGGCUGGCAUUGCUUAUGACACAUACCUUAUGCUAGACUAAAUAGUUACUAUGUUGUAUAAUGUCAUGUGGCUUGCAAAGUGCUUUAUUUAGAAAUUUAUCAAAUAAAAAAAAUCAUACAAGAUUUAGUAAAAUUUGUAAUGUUGUAGGGCAUGCAUGUAUUGUAGUGAUCUUUUUCUUUUUUUGUGUGUGUUUGAUAUAAAUAAAUUAGUCAUAUGUAAAAUUUGCAUGUGUUUCUCUAUUAUACUCUAAGUCAAUAAAACUAGAAAUCAUGUCUAAAUAAACUGUA